UCCAAUCCUCCAUCUCCGUCUACAUCCCCAUGAGCAUGAGCUGACGAAGUGAAGUGAGUUGGCUGCCAGCGCGUGCUGUAUCUUGUAUGGCUGUACUGUAUCCCCUCCUCUCGCCCACAAAAUUUUGUCUCCUUCCCUCCCCACGUUUCCACCCCUCCUCCCACCACUACUUCUGAGCUCCCUGCGGCUGCGGCUGCGGCUUGGUGCUUGCUUCCCUCAUCUCUAGCCUGUACACUGGUUGCGGUUGGAGUGGUUGCCAGUGUCCUCACCACUUGCUCCUCUCGAUCCACUCCCCCACGGACAUGAGCGUGCAACCAUACAUCUACCGGUGAUUGCUUCCUUCUUCUGCCCUGAAGCUGAAAACUCGGCCUGCCGCGCCUAGCCUGACCUUGCCUUGCCUGGGGGAAAAACUUCUGUUUUGCUGCUACCGCUGCUGUGGUAUAAAAGUGGAGUCCCAGCGGAGGGAAGAUUGCUCCGUCGCCGCGGUUUCGCUUCGCGGCGGGAAGGGGCCGUGAAGGAAUCUUGCACCGAGAUUAAUCCCUCCUCUGCCCCUCCAUUUCCGGCCGGCUGUCGGUGCUGCCUUCCGCAGCAAAAGGUGGGAUCUCGCGUCCGCCGGCGGUGGCAUUGCCGGAUCGAGAUAUCUCCAGCGGCGGCCUGCGUAUCUCCGUGGCCGAUCUGCGCUGCGGCUUCCCCGGGCGGUGCGGACUGCUGCGGUGAGGAGCGUUGCUCUGCGCUGUGGUCCAAGCGAGGGGGCGGGGGGGACUGCACGCCAGGUGUUCGACGAAGAACCCGGCCCGAGGCAGCCAUGAGGGACUUCCCUUCCUGCUUCGGCGAGAGCGGCGUCCAGAUCGCGGACGCGUCGUCUUCGUCGUCGUCCAGCGCCGGCAAGGGCGCGGCGCAGAACCUGGUGACCUGCCUCUACCAGACGCACUUCUCAGGCAGGCCCUGCGUGAUCUCGCUCACGUGGAGCAAGAGCCUGAUGGGGCAGGGCCUCAGCGUCGGCGUCGACGACCUGUCGUCCGGCCACUGCCUGUGCAAGGCGGACAUCAAGCCGUGGCUCUUCUCCAAGAAGAAGGGGUCCAGGAGCCUCGACGUCGAGGACGGCAAGGUCGAGAUCUUCUGGGACCUGUCGGGCGCCAGGUUCGGCGCCGGGCCAGAGCCCGUGGAGGGGUUCUAUGUCGCAGUGGUGUUCGACCUCGAGCUCGCGCUCCUGCUCGGCGACAUGAAGAAGGAUGCCUACAGGAAGACCGGAGCCAGCCAGUCGACGCUGAAUGCCGCCGCGUUCGUGGCGAGGAGGGAGCACAUAUAUGGCAAGAAGAUCUACUCUGCCAAGGCGCAGUUCUGCGACAACGGCCAGUUCCACGACAUCGCCAUAGAGUGCGAUACCGUCGGCUUCAAGGAUCCGUGUCUCGAGAUACGAGUCGAUAAGAAGCCCGUGAUGCAGGUGAAGCGCCUGGCGUGGAAGUUCAGGGGAAACCAGGCGAUUCUCGUGGAUGGCUUGCCCGUGGAGGUGUUUUGGGAUGUUCACAGUUGGCUCUUUGGGUCAACGGCAAGCAACGCGGUGUUCAUGUUCCAGACACGCCAGGCCCCUGAGAAGUCGCUGCCAUGGUCCUACUCGCAGAAUUUUAGGGAGUCCCAGCUGCAAGGCCUUGGUUUCUCCCUUAUCCUGCAUGCGUGGAAGGUUGAAUAGUCUGUUCUUCUUCUUCUUCUUUUGCAGGAUCACAAUUUGCUUCUGCACCUGCCUCAUUUUCUUUGCUUUGCUGCUAACAAAAAAAAAGACGUUUUGUUGAGUGUCUGUUCAUCAGAAUGCUAUGGAGGCUCUCCAAU